AUGAGGAAACCUUCUGUCCAGCAGCCUUGGAAAGCCCAUGUUCCGACGGUGUUGGAGAUUGAGGGGCCUGUCGCUGUUGGAUUAAUUGAUGUUGAAGUGGUGGAGGACGCUCUUGAGGUAGUGGAGCUGCUGGUGGUUGAAGUACUAGAGCUGGUCGUAGUCGUAGAAAUGGCCCGCGAUGUUGUGCUAGUGGACGAGCUUGUAGUCGAAGACGUUGACGAAGGUGCAAUGGAAGUUGAACGAGAGGUUGUGGUAGCAGAUGUGACGCUAGAAACACCAGCUGGGCCUCCCGCAACCAGAGAGCUCAGUGACGAGACCACUGAGGGACUUGAGGAUACUGUAGCUGAUGAGGAGCGACUGACGAUUGAAGACGCCGCCGAUGAUGAUAUCCCACUGAGAGACAGUGCGCUUGGGGCACCUAACAAGUUUGAAGGCAGUGUGUUUGAUGAUACGGCACUCGAGAGCGACGAACUGAAAAUUGACGAAGUUGUGCUGGUGGUUAUAGUGGAGGCACGGGAGCUAGUUGAGGAGAAUGUAGCGAAGGUUGUCCAUGUUGUUGAACUUGUGCUAGAAGAUGUCGACGAAGACAUAGUGGCUGACGAGGUCGCCGUUGUUGAAGUCGAGGUCGUAGCCCGCGAAGCAGAGCUGGCGCUACUGGUGCUGGCAGCUGAAGAAGCACUCGUUGUAACGCUUGUCGAGGUUGAGCUCCCAGCAGAGGAUGCUGGUACAGAGCUGGAGGCGGAAGAAGAAGCGCUGUUGAGGCCGCCGGCGAUGUUCCCAAAAACGCUCAGCGAAGUGCUGAAAGAGCUCGUGGAACUUGCCGACAUACUACCUGAGACACCAGUCGAGAUCGAGCUGCUGACUGAGCCUGUGCUAGUAGAAGCACCGCUCGAGGUUGUGCUGGAUCCUCCACUGGAGGAAGAGCUCACACUGGCCGAAGCCAACGACGACGAGAGGGAGGCGCUUGAGACACCGGACGUAGCCCCGAUGCUGGUCGACGCAAUUGAACCAGAGCUCGAAACAGAGAGAGCAGCAUUUGAAGAGGCAGUUACUGAGGAACUCACGCCACUAGCUGACGACAAAGCUCCUAUUGAUGUGGGCAAUGAACUACUGUAG